AUGAUAAUUCGGAGCCAAUCUUUUUUCAUCUUCUUUCUUUCCCUUAUAUUCAACACUCUUGCUUCUCCUACACUCCAAAGGGAUGCUCUUUUAGAGUUCAAAAAUGAGUUCCCAACCAGUGCAACAGACCCAGAUGAUCCUUUUGCUUUCUCUUUUAGUUCGUGGAACACGAGCAGUGAUCACUGUUCCUGGAAAGGUGUCACAUGCAGUGCUAUUUCCGCUGAGGUGAUAUCACUCGACCUUGACAGCAUCUUUCUCAAUGGCUCUUUGAAAGCAAAUACUAGUCUUUUGAGACUCCAUCAUCUUUACCACUUAACCCUUACACGUUGCAAUCUCAGAGGAGAGAUUCCUUCUUCACUAGGAAAUCUUUCACAUCUCAUCCAGCUUGACCUCUCUUAUAAUGAGCUGGGAGGUGAAGUUCCAUCUUCAAUAGGAAACCUUUCUCAUCUCAGUCAUCUUUACCUUUCUAGCAACUACUUGGUAGGUGAAAUUCCAUUUUCAAUAGGAAAUAAUUCUCCCCUCAUAGAGCUUGACCUUUAUGGUAAUCACUUGAUAGGUGAAAUUCCAUCUUCACUAGGAAACCUGUCCCAUCUCACUACUCUUAUUCUUGCUGAGAAUCACUUGAUAGGUGAGAUUCCGCCUUCAGUUGGCAACCUAAACCAGCUAAAAUUUCUGAAUUUGGAAUCAAACAACUUGAGUGGUAACAUUCCUAGUUCAUUUGCUAAUUUCAACAAGCUGUCCCAGUUAUCUCUCUAUAAAAAUCAAUUCUCCGGUGGAGAUUUACCUCAUAUACUGUCAAAUUUAACCAGCUUGUCCUCAUUAGACCUUUCCGAAAACCACUUCAAAUCCACGCUUCCAUCUAACAUGAGUAGACACCAUAGCUUGGAGAUAUUUUCUGCAAGUGGAAACUAUUUUGGUGGGAAUGUCCCUACAUCCUUGUUUAUGAUUCCUUUAAUAAAAGAGGUUUAUUUGAGUGAAAACCAAUUAGAGGGACCUUUAGAGUUUGGGAAUACAUCCUCAUCUUCUGAGUUACAAUAUCUAGACCUCUCUUCUAACAACUUCCACGAAACAAUCCCUAAAGAUAUAUCUCUAUUUAGCAAACUCCAAACUUUAGAUCUUAGCAAUAAUAGGUUCAUUGGGGAAAUCCCUGAAUCUGUGUCCAAAUUAGUCUCCCUCUGCUCUAUAGAUCUUAGCAAUAAUAGGUUCAUUGGGGCGAUCCCUGAAUCUAUGUCCAAAUUAGUCUCCCUCUACUCUCUAGAUCUUAGUAAUAACAGCUUUGUUGGGGAAAUCCCUGAAUCUAUGUCCAAAUUAGUCUUCCUCAAUUCUAUAGAUCUCUCUUACAAUAAGUUGGAAGGUCAAGUAUCGAGUUUCUUGUGGAGCCUGUCUUCCUUGAAGCUUUCUCAUAAUUAUUUCAGCAGCCUCGAAGAUUCAAUGCAAGUUGUCGUCAAUGGAAGUCACUCUGAUCUUAGUUCAACUUCAUUCCAAGGACCAGUCCACCAUGUUGAUCUUGGUUCAAAUUCAUUUCGUGGAGCAUUUCCCCUAUGGAUUUGUAAUUGUACAUCGUUACUAUUCUUAGAUAUGUCAAACAACCAUCUCUCUGGUUCCAUUCCUUCAUGUUUGAUGCAUUGCACUGCUUCUCUUCGCCAGAUAAUUCUAAGAAACAACGACUUGAGCGGAUUCCUUCCAGACAUCUUUACCAAUGCCACCAAGUUACGAUCGCUAGACGUUAGCAUUAACCAGUUAAUGGGGAAGCUUCCAAAAUCUUUGAUCACCUGCAAGUCUAUGGAAUAUCUGAAUCUGAAAGGAAACAAGAUCAAAGACAAGUUUCCAUCUUGGCUGGGAUUUUUGGGAUCAUUACGAGUUCUGAUUCUCGGAACAAAUGAAUUUUACGGUCCAAUCUCUUCACAUUCUGGGUUUCCAAGUAUGCGAGUCAUUGACAUAUCACACAAUAGCUUCAAUGGAACAUUACCACAAGAUUAUUUUGUGAACUGGCUUGAAAUGUCAACGGCUUGGGUAGAUAAAACCAAAUGGUUUGAGCACAUUAUGGACAAAGGUCGUCCAAGUUCGGUAUACAUGGGGGAAUUAUACAAUUAUACGGAUUCUAUGGAUAUGAUGUAUAAAGGUGUAGACACAGAGUUUCCACUGAUCUUUCUUGCGUACAAAGCCAUCGAUUUCUCUGGAAACGAAUUCACGGGUAGGAUCCCUAAAUCAGUUGGGCUGUUGAAGGCGUUGAUUCAUGUCAACUUUUCAAGAAAUGCAUUUACAGGCAGUAUUCCAUCAUCUUUGGCAAAUAUAACAAAUAUUGAGGCACUAGAUCUCUCUCACAAUAAGCUUUCGGGUAAUAUUCCUCGUGAUCUUGCCAGACUCUCAUUCGUAUCAUACUUGGACUUCUCCCACAACUUUCUCCAAGGUCCAGUUCCACGAAGCACUCAGUUUCAGAGUCAAAAUUGCUCUUCAUUCGAGGACAACCUUGGACUCUAUGGUCUCGAGGAAAUUUGUGGACCGAUCCAUGUUCCUCAUCCUACAUCGGGAGAUUCACAACAAUUUGAGGAAUUUUCAUCCGAAGAGUCAGAAGAAGUGUUGAACUGGAUAGCAACUGCAAUAGCCUUCGGACCUGGUGUGCUUUGUGGAUUGGUGAUCGGACAUAUCUUCUUCACUUCACACAAACACAUAUGGUUUAUGGAAAAGUUUGGUCGAAAGUAUCCACGUGGCAUCAUCAAUGUUCGUUAAAAACCCAAUCUCUCUGAACUUUGUUUCUUUAAGUGUCUUGCAAGUUUGUACUCCAGUAAAUUGGUUCAUCAAAACGUUGUAUUUGUACUUUUCUUUCUAUUAAAAAAACAUUGUUGGUGUUAUGUAACGGUAAAAUUUGAGGCAGUAUUGCUUUUAAAUAUUUGUCUGUGAAUUGGAAGAUUUUUUCAGGACAGUGACACAACAUGUUUUUAGGUCCAUAGAACAAGAACACAUUACAUCAACGAUGAAAUCGGGAGAACAGCAGAAAUUCUCGUCUUUUUGUGCACCCGUGGAUGGAUGUAGACUGAAUCCGGCACACGCUGAUGAUUCUCCUUCAAUUAAAUAACCGGACCCGAUUUGAAAUCCGUGUGAACAAAAAUGUAGGGGCUAAAAUAAAAUAAAUAUAAAUUAUGGGUGCUAAAAGUAUAAAUUCUAGCAACUUUGAGGAGGUUAGUAACUUUGUCUUAACGAACCUCCAGAUUGAUCAGUCCAAUCAAUAUCUUCUCAAAACUCUACAAAAAGCUUGUAGGAUUUGUGAGUUUCAGAUUGAUUCAUGUUAUUAUUUUCUGAUGACAAGAUGCGUAUGAUCAGGUAGAGAAAUUGGACGGUGGGCUCAGCUUCCUUAUCCAAUGCGUCAAAUAUUGGCUAUCGAAGAAGAAUGUUAUUGUCAUGUCUAUAGCAAAACCACAAUAAUUUAAGUGGCUUAAAAUAACGGCGUACCGCAAAUGAGUGGAGACUUCUGAGACACGUUGAAGAGAGUGUGGGGACAAUUCAUUGAUCACAGAAGAUGACAAUCAACAAAUCAACUGAAAAAAUCCAACAAAGUUGACGCAAGCCUUGCGAAGCCAAACCUCUUUUAAAGGAUCCCCAUCAGGAUUACACAACUCACUACGUACCACACAAACUUAAGAAGAAGAAACAAAUAUGAUGAUCCCCAGCCAAACUUAUUUCAUCUUCUUUCUUUCCAAAGCUCUUUAUAAAUGAGCCCCAUAAACAUUACACAACUCAUUACUUACCGCACAAACUUCAGAAAAAAAAGGAUGAUGAUGAUUUCUAGCCAAUCUUAUUUCUUCUUAUUUAUUUCCCUUAUAUUCAACACUCUUGCUUCUCCUACGCACCAAAGGGACGCUCUUUUGGAGUUCAAAAAUGAGUUCCCGUUCAAUGCAUCAGACCCACAUGCUCCUUCUGAAGCUCCUUUAAGUUCGUGGAACACAAGCAAUAGUGAUGAUCACUGUUCCUGGGAAGGUGUCACAUGCAACGCUCAUUCCAGUGAGGCUAUACCAUCUUUGUCAUUGAGUAUGUCAUCGGUCACACAUAAAGAUUACAAUACUGAAGAUUUGGCUAAUGCAAGUUGUGAAGAUUACAAGAAGAAUAAAAUGAUUUGCUCAAAGGCAAAGGAAGAGAUCAAUAAUAUGGGAUGAUCAACUUGAUUGCGAGUCAUCGCAGUUGAUUCUGACAGAUGUCCAUGAUAUGUCAUUAUGGGAUGAUCAAACACCUGCACCUCGUGCAUAUGAUCCGCAAGAACGAUUAGAAGCGGUGUUACUGUUGUUAUGGUACAUCAUUUGAUAGAAUUGUUAUUUUGUUUCUCAAUAUUGGUUUGCAUAUAUAUGUAAUUGUCUGUGAAAUUGGAAGACUUUAAGGGCA